CAGUCUCCCCUCCGCUCCCUAUUGCACUAGGAGCCCAGGGAGACACACACGUUGGAGAAGAACCAUGGCACGGGAGCAGUCCGAUCCCAAAGCACACAUCCUCUCGUUGAGCUGUGAAAUGUGGUGAAAGCAACUCCAGGCUUUGCAGAGUUUAUCCUGCUGUCAGUGUGGGUGUGUAAUUGCUGCUCUGCAAGGGAUCUGUUGAUAAAGACGCUUGAUCACAUCUUCGACAGAAGACCAUUGGAUUCUACUGGAAGAAAGAGGGCAGGUUUGUUUUUUUGUUAAGAGGAAAUACAAUUUGAUUAGUUAAAAAUGGCGAUAAAUUCAGUAGAUGCUGAGAAGUUUUUGGACAACAACCCAGCGUUCGCCAAGGAGUAUUACGAUUCCAAGUUCCGCCCGGCAGUGAUCCGGAGCCUGCUAGGGAUGAAGGAGGCGGCGGUGGACUUCAGCAGCUUCCACGACUUGAGCAGCGUGGAGGAGAGCGAGAUCCUCUUCGACCUGAUCCGAGACCUGCAGGAGAACCUCCAGAUGGAACGCUCCAUCUUCAACCUGAUGCAGAAGCUCAGCUUCCUGCUGCGCUCCGAUCGCAUGAGCCUCUUCCUGUACCGCAUGCGGAACGGCACGGCGGAGCUGGCCACCCGCCUCUUCAACGUGCACAAGGACGCCGUGCUGGAGGAGUGCCUGGUGCAGCCCGACAGCGAGAUCGUCUUCCCCCUGGACACGGGCAUCGUGGGCCACGUGGCCACCACAAAGAAGACCGUCAACGUGGCCGACGUCACCCAGGACAGCCACUUCAGUGAUUUUGUGGACCAGCUGACAGAGUACACCACCAAAAGCAUACUGGCCACGCCCAUACUGAACGGGAAGGACGUGGUGGGGGUCCUCAUGGCCAUCAACAAAAUAGGAGCGCCACACUUCACUAAGCAGGACGAGGAGGUUUUAAUGAAGUACCUCAAUUUUGCCAAUUUGAUCCUGAGAGUUUUCCAUCUCAGCUACCUUCACAACUGUGAGACGAGGAGGGGGCAGAUGUUGCUGUGGUCGGCUAGCAAGGUGUUUGAGGAGAUGACUGACAUCGAGCGACAGUUCCACAAAGCUCUCUACACGGUGCGCGCCUUCCUCAACUGUGACCGCUACUCCGUGGGGCUCCUGGACAUGACCAAGACCAAGGAGUUCUUUGACCUGUGGCCAGUCCUGAUGGGGGAGGUCCCUCCUUAUGAUGGACCCAAGACUCCAGAUGGAAGGGAAGUCAUCUUCUACAAAAUUAUUGAUUACAUUUUACAUGGGAAAGAAGAUAUUAAAGUCAUACCAUCCCCCCCAGCUGACCACUGGGCUCUGGUCAGUGGACUGCCCACAUACGUGGCUGAGACAGCACUGAUUUGCAACAUCAUGAAUGCCGGCGCUGAUGACUUCUUCCAGUUCCAGAAAGGUCCCCUUGAUGACUCAGGCUGGACGAUCAAGAACGUCCUGUCCAUGCCCAUCGUCAACAAAAAGGAAGAGAUCGUGGGAGUGGCCACCUUCUACAACAGGAAGGACGGGAAGCCCUUUGAUGAAAUGGACGAAACCCUUAUGGAGUCCCUGACUCAGUUCCUGGGAUGGUCGGUGCUCAACACGGACACGUACGACAGGAUGAACAAGCUGGAGAACAGGAAAGACAUCUUCCAGGACAUGGUCAACUACCACGUCAAGUGCAGGAAAGACGAGAUUCAGAACAUCCUGAAAACCCACGAGGUGUAUGGCAAAGAGCCGCAGGACUGCGAUGAAGACGAGCUGGCUCAGAUCCUGAAAACAGAGCUCCCAAGCGCCAAGGAGUCGGAGAUCUACGAGUUCCACUUCUGCGAUUUUGAGCAUUCCCAAAUCGACCUGGUCAAGUGCGGUAUCCAGAUGUACUACGAACUGGGGGUGGUGAAGAAGUUUCAGAUUCCUCAGGAGGUGCUCGUUCGCUUCAUGUACUCGCUCAGCAAGGGCUACCGGCAGAUCACCUACCACAACUGGAGGCACGGCUUCAACGUGGGGCAGACCAUGUUCACACUGCUCAUGACUGGGGACCUGAAGCGUUAUUACACUGAUCUGGAGGCCAUGGCGAUGGUAACAGCUGCUUUCUGCCAUGAUAUCGACCACCGAGGGACCAACAACCUGUACCAGAUGAAGUCUGGGAAUCCGUUGGCAAAGCUCCACGGAUCCUCUAUUUUAGAGAGACACCAUCUUGAGUUUGGCAAGACCUUGCUAAGCGAUGAGAGCCUAAACAUCUACGUGAACCUGAAUCGAAGGCAGCACGACCACGUCAUACACUUAAUGGACAUCGCUAUCAUUGCAACCGACCUGGCCCUCUAUUUCAAGAAGAGGACAAUGUUCCAGAAGAUCGUGGACCUGUCCAAAACCUACGAGGACUGGAGCGCAUGGACCAACUUCAUGAUGCUGGAGACAACUAGGAAAGAGAUCAUCAUGGCCAUGAUGAUGACUGCCUGUGACCUGUCGGCUAUCGCUAAACCCUGGGAGAUACAGAGCCAGGUGGCGCUCAAUGUUGCCGCGGAGUUCUGGGAGCAGGGAGACCUGGAGCGGACAGUGCUGGAGCAAAAUCCCAUUCCCAUGAUGGACAGGAACAAAGCAGCGGAUCUUCCCAAACUGCAGUGUGGUUUCAUUGACUUCGUCUGCACCUUCGUGUACAAGGAGUUCUCUCGCUUCCACGAGCAGAUCAUGCCCAUGUUUGACAGGAUCCAGAACAACAGGAAGGAGUGGAAGGCUCUACAGGACAUACACGAAGCCAAGGUGGCGGCCAUCGAGGAGGAGAAGAAAAAGAAAGAGGAGGCGGCCGCUUCAACAGCCAUGGCCCAGCAGGCCCCUCCGCCAGCUUCCCAAGCCAAGACCUGCAUCAUCAGCUAAACAGGAAGUGCAGAGGCAUGCCCACUUCCUCUGGAGGCUGACACAUGGCUGGGUUUUUCCAAGCAGUCAACGCCUGGAAACCAUUACCAAAGAUCCAUGUAUAAAUAUAAAUAUAUUUAUAUAAGAAUCGAGAUAUAUACCUGGUGAAAUUCAUUUGGACCCAUUCAGGUUUCUUUUUGUUGUUUUGUUUUAAAUAAAUAAUAAAUACAUAUAAAGAUCUAGAAUAUAGCCACACACCGUCUUCACAAAGUGGUGCUGAGGAAGGAAUCAAGCAAACUCUUAUUGCUUUGCAUUUUUAUUUUUUAAACUCUUGUAGUGGAUUUGGAGUGUAGAUAAUUGUUUGUGUAUCUAUUGGAAGGCGGUAUACCAGAUUGAGAAAGUGUUUGAAGUUCAUUAAACCAGGAUGCAAUUUUAAAAAAA